AUGUCUCACAUAUAUGACAAAAUUAUCAAUUUUUUCAAUAGCGAAUAUCAGAGACAAAGAGCAGCCCAUGCAUCUUAUGAGAAAAUCAUGGAAAACCAUUUAUUGAUCUCUCGAUCAUCUGAAUUAGAUAAACUGAAAAAAUCCGAACCUUUCAUGAUUUUAGGAGGGGUAGUGGUGUCGUUUUUGAUAGGUUUUUCUUUAUCAAAGAGAUGGCUCCUUCGAUUAACUAUCACAGGAGCGGGGAUGGCCAUAAUUAAAGGAUUAAUACAUCCUUAUUACACAGCAAACACUUUAGAAUCUUUGGCAGAAAAACCAAAUGAUGUGGGGCAGACAAUCCGAGCUAUUUAUUUGUUUAAAUACCCAGAGUAUGAAAAAAAUAAGCACUUUGAAGAUUUAUCUAGAAAAUAUAGGAAAUUCAUAUUUAAGAAAGCAAAAGAGAGCGAGAAAGAAAAUGAAGAAAAUUAUGAAGAUGAAGAGGAAGAGGAAGAGAAUAAUUAA